AUGUCUUCAUACCGUCCCUUUCUAGCAAUGGCUCGCUCUGAUUGGCUACCCUUCUAGCGUCAGAAUCUGGUUUUGAUUUUCUGAUUGGCUACUGUUAGGGAUUUUGUUGCUAGGUCAUGUUUUUUUUUAUUUUUUUUCUUCCAGGAAUUUAAUUUUUUUUUUCGUUGUUUGGGAAACUCAUUCACAGGCCCUGUACAGUCCAACACACACACACACUGGCUGUUUCUGACCUGGCAUGGUGUGUGCUGUUUCCACCAAAGAAAUUGAACCUGAGACUUCUGUAAAAUAAUGUCUGAUCUUAUGGUGGUACUGGCUGCACUGAAUUCGAGAAAAAAACGGAGGAGGUUUUAUCCCCGAAACAGAGUUUACCGGCCUCGGAUAUCCUUUCUCAGUCUGACGGAAGAACAAGUCUUUGACCGCUUUCGUCUGAAUAAGCAGUUCAUAUAUGACUUGUGUGAGGAGUUAAAGGGGGAUUUGGAGUGUCACAGAAACAGCAAUUAUGCUUUGCCCGUGCCGGUAAAAAUGACUUCUGCUCUGACGUUCUAUGCCACCGGUAGUUUCCAGAACGCGGCCAGCGGCUCGACUGGAAUUAGUCAGGCGUCUAUGUGUAAAAGCCUCUCUGAGGUCACCGAGGCCUUGGUCAGAAGAGUGAAGAAGUAUAUCUGCUUCCCUUUGAACUCUGGUCAAAUGCAGAAAACCAGAGAGGAGUUUUACAAGGUCGCGCAGUUUCCAAACGUCCUGGGCGUUAUUGACUGUACACACGUUGCCAUCAGGGCCCGCACCGAAAACGAGCCUGCUUUUAGAAACUCCAAGGGAUUCCACUCGGUGAAUGUGCAGGUAGUCUGUGACGCCAAGAACAUCAUAACCAACGUCCUUGCAAACCACCCUGGGUGCGCCGACGAUGCUUACAUUUUAUCAAAGUCUCGUUUAACAGAGAUAUUUGAGACGGAAAUUACCAGUGACUGCUGGCUUGUUGGUGACAGCGCCUAUGACUUGAAGCCGUGGUUAAUGACCCCCAUUCCUAACCCCGAGAGUCCAGCGGAACACAGGUACAAAGAGGCACACCAGCUUACUCAUGCUGUCAUUGACAAGACCAAGCGCAUCUUAAAGACUCGCUUCAGGUGCCUGGAUCGUUCUAGAGGGGUGCUCCAGUACAGUCCCAAAAAGGUCUGUCAGAUAUUUUUGGCUUGCUGCGUUCUGCACAAUAUCGCAACUCGGCACAACAUCUUAGUAGAUGUCGACGAAGGCCUGGAAACCCCAAACGAGGACGAGGACAUGAGCCUGUCACCGCAUGAAGAUGAAGAGCUGCCUGAGGAAAACACCUCCAGCGAGGCUGCAAGCAUCAGAAUGGAGCUCGUUAGAGACCAUUUCUCAUAGAACAGGUUUGCCAGUAGUCUUGUCUCUAGCACUCUUUCAGACUUUAGUCAGCGGAGCAAUGUGUCCUUGGAAGGUAUGUGUUCUUAAUAAGCCAUGCCCUUUUGCAGGACAGCCCCUCAAGUCCAGGGCAGUCUUGCCUGGUGAGAGACGGUAAGAGGAGGUCUGAACUCUGCAUGUGAAAAAGGCUCCUGCAUCUGGUUUAUCCAAUCACUCCUUCCAUAAUCUUUGGGAAUACAGAUGCACACUAACUUAUGUGCCCCUGUAAGAACAGCGUUUUGGACCCACACUUCUUUCUCUGAUCUUACCAUAAUGGCCAACGGUGUAAUUUCAGUGAAUAUUAUGUGAAAUAAAGUUCAGCUGUGAUUUAACCACAAAGAGUGAAAUCAUGUUUAUUUUAGUCUUAAUGUGGGAUGUGCCCUUCGCUUAAGGGAUUCUUUUCAAAGAUUGGUUAUUGAUGUUCAGCAAAUCUUUGUUAAUGAAGUUCUGGGACAACACAUUGUCUUAAUUGAACAAAAGUUAGCAUACAAAGGAUAACAAUGAAGAAAACAACCCCCCCCUUUCUUUUUUGGGAGGUAACACUGCACUUUAGUGGACAGAGCUGAUGUAUGAGCUGUUGUGUUUUGUAAUAGAAACGCAAUCUAAUUGUUUUGCAGUGUGUAGUGAAGCACAUU